UAACCCUGCUGUGUUGAGCUACAUUCAUAUUACUGAACUUUCUUCUCAGGAUGGACCUGGAUUCUACACCACGAGGUGUCUGGCUCCUAUGUUGGCUGAAGCUGUACGAGUUCUUCAGGAAGGCGUAGACCCCAAGAAGCUGGAUGGCCUUACAACAAGCUUCGGUUUUCCUGUGGGUGCAGCCACGCUGGCCGAUGAAGUUGGUAUUGAUGUUGCAGCUCACGUAGCUGAGGAUCUCGGCAAGGCCUUUGGCUCCCGCUUUGGUGGCGGAAAUGUGGAGGUUUUAAAGACCAUGGUGGAUCAGGGGUUUAAAGGACGUAAAUCAGGAAAAGGUUGCUACAUCUACCAACCAGGCCGCAAAGUCAAGGAUGUGAACCCAGAGGUUGGAGACAUUCUUGAGAAGUUCAGGAUGACACCAAAUCCUGCUGUGUAAGUCCAAAUGAAAAUAGAAGGAGAUGCAGGAGCAGCACAACAUGUGAAAAAUAAUAUCUUUUAUUUUU